CAACAUGUUAGAGGAAAGCAUGUAAUGUAAUACGAGAUACAAGCAGAAAUGAAUAGGAAAAUUGCCGAUGCUUAUGACACUGUAAAUGAUAUAUUUUACACGUUGGAUUCGGAUUGAAACCUCUCCAUCAACGAAGUUUGGAAUAAUUAUGAUUCACAGAAUUCUGAUUACAAAGAGCUGUUGCUAAUUCAAAACCAGAAAGUUCAUCAUAAAGAUCAUACAACUGACGUAAAGUUCACAAUUAGAAAAAACAAGAAAGCUUCUUGGUUAUCCUCUUAUCUUCACAAUUUAUUUAUUCGUGAAAUUUACAAAUUUUUCCAGUUGGUGCUGAAUAAUGUUGAAUAAGCUAAAUUUCUUGACGGCCUAACGUAAUAAACGUUUGUCAAAGUGCUGUAUUUGAUUUUAAUAAAAUCAUUGCACUAUAGUGAUAACAACAAAUUAUAAUUGGUAAUUAUGAAGCAUAAAUGUUACGUGAUACAGUAGAAAUAUUUUAUACGGUAAAAUUUUUAUCAAUUUGCUUUUAUGUGUUGUAACCUAUGUGAAACAUAACCUAUAUAAAAAACAACAAAUUGUUUUGAGCUUUAUGAUCCAAGUUAUAAACGAAAGAACAUUUCACAUUCGUAAAUUAAUACAACGUCAUGAGACCUAUUCAAAGGAGACAACAGGGUUUACAAUACGGCAUUUAUUUGCUAUGUAUGCAAGCUCUAAACUAUGGUAUUGAUAAAAUUCCACCAGCUACUUUAAUUACAAUUAUCGCACAGGUUUUACUAUAUGUUGGUUUGAUAAAAGUUCCAUGGAAUGCAGAGGAAGUAUGCAUAUCAGCAAUAAAAGUAUUUAAAUACCAUGAUUGGAAUUCUUUCUUAAUAUCAAACUUUGAACAUGGUUCAGAUAUGCACUUGUAUUAUAAUAUGGUAUCUUUGAUCUUGAAAGGUUCAUAUUUAGAACCUAUGUAUGGAACAAUAAAUUUUGUCAUGCUAUUAGCUAUUCUUUCGUUUGGAUGCAGUACUAUGUAUGCAGGAUUAGGCUAUGCUUUAAUGCAGUUAACAGGGGAUUAUGGAUAUUAUACACAAUGUGCUAUUGGUUUCUCUGCUAUUUUAUUUGCAUUAAAAGUAAUUGUAGUUUGUGAAGAGUAUGAUAGAAUUCAGGAUGUUGGAGGAUUUAGAGUUUCCAGUAAAAUUGCUGUUUGGGUUGAACUAAUUUUAAUUCAUCUGUUAGUUCCACAAUCUUCAUUUAUAGGACAUCUUGGGGGUAUUUUAGUUGGUUGUUUAUAUUGUUAUACUUUUAUUGGUGAAAUAGUUGAUAACAUGAUAUAUGGCAUAACUGGUACUCCUAUUAUACAUGAAGAACAAUUUUAUAGAAGACGUAGUUCAUUAUUCAGGUAAAUUGAAACUAUUAUAAAUUUCAAAUGACAAGAGAUAUUAAAUUAUUAUUACCAAGAACUCCAAUGUUUAUCUUAAAAAAAUUCACCUAAAAGAUUGUAUAACUGGAUAUUGAUUGACUGAUACAACUUAAGUACCAAACAGCACAUGCUUCCAACUUAUACAAAUCGUUGAAUAUAUAUAUAUAUUUAUGGAUG